GAAGAAGGGUAAAGUUUUCCACCUUAUUGAGCAGGAUGGGAAAUACAAAGAGCAGUGCUCUGUCAAAGGAGCUCCUGGAAGAACUGAAGUCCAACACCAAAUACAGCGAGGUUGAGCUCUGCACCUGGUACCAGUCAUUUCUGAAAGAGUGUCCCACAGGGAAGAUCACCAAGGAACAGUUUGAGGGCAUCUAUGCCAGCUUUUUCCCAGGCGCAGACCCCACAGCAUAUGCAAGGCAUGUAUUCAGAAGUUUUGACACCAAUGCAGAUGGCACAUUGGACUUUAAGGAGUACAUUGUCGCGUUGCAUCUCACCUCUGGAGGAAAGACUCUGCAGAAGCUGGAGUGGGCCUUUGCCCUCUAUGACGUGGACGGCAAUGGAACCAUCAGCAAAAAUGAAAUCCAAGAGAUUGUUAGGUCAAUAUUCAACAUGAUCCCUGCUGAUGACCAGAAGAACCUCCCCGAAGACGAAAACACACCAGAGAAGAGGGCUGAAAAAAUCUGGACAUUUUUUGGGAAGAAGGAAAAUGAUAAAAUCUCAGAGGGAGAAUUCAUUCAGGGCGUGAUGGACAACAAGGACAUCCUGCGCUUAAUACAAUAUGACGAACCACAGAAAAUUAAAGACAAACUGAAAGAGAAGAAGCAAUAAUACAGAAAAAGGCGGCAGAAAAAGCUGUCUUUGCAUGGUUCUAAGACUUUCAUUUUCUGUUUACAUUUUAACAUCAGUUUGAGCUACAUUUCUCUCCAUGUGAUGCUGUUACAGCAGUGUUUUACUUGACUUUGUACCCUGAAAACUAAUUAAAUUAUCUGAUUUGAUGGUAGGAAAUAUUCGAUCUUUGGAGAAUAUCUGUAGCUGCACAGU